AGAGUGGGGCCCUGCAGCCGGCCCGAGAUGUGGGGAGCUGUGGGCACCCCGCGCCUGCUGCCCGCCGCCUGGCUCCUGGCACUGCACGCAGAGCCGGGACGCGGCGCCCGCUGUCUCCCCCCGUCCCCAGGUCUGCUGGCGGGGGUGAACAUCACCAGCCCGUCGGCUCUGGUGCGCGGCACGGCGGGCAAAGCGGCGCUGCUGUCAGUGCGCUACGCCAGCGCCAGCCCCGACAAACCGGUGGUGAAGUGGCAGCUGAAGCGGGACAAACCCGUCACCGUCGUCCAGUCCAUCGGCACCGAGAUCAUCGGCAACCUGCGGCCCGACUACCGAGACCGCAUCCGUGUGCUGGAGAAUGGCUCGCUGCUCAUCAGCCCGUUGCAGCUGGCCGACGAGGGCAGCUAUGAGGUGGAGGUUUCCAUCACCGAUGACACCUUCACUGGCGAGAAGACCAUCAACCUCACUGUGGACAUCCCCAUCUCAAAGCCACAAGUGCUGGUGGCCUCCUCGACAGUGCUGGAGCUCAGUGAGUUCUUCACCCUCAACUGCUCACACGAGAAUGGCACCAAGCCCACCUACACCUGGCUGAAGGACGGGCGGCCGCUGAACAACGACUCCCGCCUCCUCCUCUCCCCUGACCAGAAGAUCCUCACCAUCACCCGCGUCCUCAUGGCAGAUGAUGAUGUCUACAGCUGCCUGGUGGAGAACCCCAUCAGCCAGGGCCGCAGUGCCCCUGUGAAGCUCACUGUCUACCGCCGGAGUUCCCUUUACAUCAUCCUCUCCACGGGUGGCAUCUUCCUCCUCGUAACUCUGGUGACUGUUUGUGCCUGCUGGAAACCUUCCAAGAAACCGAAGCAGCAAGCAGAGCCACCUCCCCCUGACUACACAGAACAGGAUGAGGAACACCCCAAGCAUGAGGCUGAGACCAUCCCGCGUGGCGCCGACCAUGAUCGCAAGACCCCCCUGGCCCUCUACAUCCUCAAGGAGCAGGACACCACAGCACCUCAGGAGGAUUCAUCACCACCCGCUGGGCGCUCGCCAGGACGCGGGGCUCGCCGCUACCAUCGCUCACCUGCCCCAGCCCGGCCACCCCGCUCACCCCCCGGCUCCCCUGCGCGAUCCCGCUCUGCUGCGCGCCUGCUGCGGGCCACCGGGGUCCCCGCCAUCCGUGAGCAGGAGGAAGGCAGCGCCCUGGAGAUCAGUGCCUGAGCUAGCGGUGGUGCUGGGGAACGCAUGCAUGGCCCGUCCUGGCCCAGGCGUGGAGGGGUGACACGGGGCACGAUGGAAAGUCACUAAUUUGGUAUUGAACUCUGCUGGAGCUGCACCCUUCCACCCCGUUGGGGUGCUGGAGUGUUGCUGUAGCGGCCAUGGGGCCGGGUGUGGGGCGCAUGGGGAGCACACACAUGCAUGUAUGGGAUGUACGUGGAGCAUGCACAGAGAGCCCACACCAUCUGCAGAGAAAGUGAGCAUGGAGCAUAUGGAGUGAGUGUGCACAGAGCAUGCACAGAACACGUAUGUGGUGUGCAAAGAGAGCAUGCAGGAAUGUAUGCAGGAGAACACUGAGUGUGCUCAGAGUGUGCAGGGAUAUCACAAACAGAGCAUGCAGAGUGAUUGUGCAUGAAAUAUAUGGAGAGAGCAUGCAGACAGAGUGUGCAUAGACCCUGCAAGAGAACAUGCAUGGACUGUGUGGAAAAAGCAGCUUGGAGUAUGGGGAGAGGGCAUGUGCAAAGGAUGCAAGGGAGCAUGCACAAGAGUGUACAGACAGAGCAUGCACACAGUGUGCAAGGUAGCAUGCAAGAGCGCAUAAAAAAAGCGUGUCAAGAGCAUGUCAAGAGAGUGUGCACAAAGCAUGCAGCUAAGACCAAACAGACUGCAUAGCAGAUGUACUUACACAGAAUGUGUGCAAGGCAUGUGCAUGGACCAUGCAGGUAAGUGUGCAAUUUGCAGAGUGUGCCAGUGUUUGGAGUAUGCUCCAAAUGUGCAUGGAGCGUGUAGAGAGCAUGAGUGUUCAGAGAGCAUGCAUGGGGCAUGUGGAAGGAGCAUGCAUGGAGUGUGGGAGAAGAACAUGCACAGAGCAUGCACAUGUUAUGUAUGUGUAACAGCACUGUGCACAUGACCACAGCCCCGUGCAUGCAGUUGGUGUGCAGGCUCCCCUGCGUGCGCACACCCACACACACCAGUGGAAAGGCCCCCCCAGCCCUCUGGCUGCACUGUACCCAAACGCGGACACAAGUCCCAGCAGUGAGCAGUGCCCUCGCAGCCACCAGCCGCCCUCUGCUGCCUCUGGAUUUUCUGUGAAAAUCACCUGUUCUUCAGCGCACCCACGUGCAUUGCUGCAGGAUUCCCCAGGAAUAGGUCUAGGACAGAGCCGAAGGGCCAGGGCACCAGAGUGGGUGCUGAGGCACCCCGUGGUGCUCAGCGUGAGCGAGCACUCGUGGACGCUACUAACCAAUAAACUCCAUGUGUUACCCA